AUGGCAACAUGGACACAAGUCCCGGUGCUCACCAGAUCCCAGCAGACCGUGUGGGACAUGAAGCAGCAGCAGCAGCGCAGCGGCCCGUGUCUGGUGGUACAGCACACUGAUGUACAUACAUCCACCAGUCAGGACAACAACACCUACACACAGAGUCAGCUGUCUGUCUCUAUGGUGACAACACCAACCUUGGAGAAAUCAGUGGAAGAUGAAGCGGACACGAGGUUCAACAGGGAGGUCAUUGAUGCUCAUCACCGGUACCGCCAUGUUCACUGCACCAUGUUCAAAGGAAAACUAUGCAAACUAAAACCAAGUGGAAACUUUGUUCGACAACGCACUUGGCUUGUUCUAAAGAUAUUUACAAAGCCAUUGACUUCGUUGCCAGGAAACGCUGCCAGGGAUGACACCAAGUUCCAUCGCUUCCGUCGUCACAGAUGUAGUAGCGAUGGGGUCACGUGGGCUGGGACUUCAUCCACCCGUGUCUCCGACAUACAGCAGCAGCAGCAGUACACGGGUCCGUGCCAAGUGGUGCAGCACAGCGGUGAUGCGUCUGUUGACAAGGAUGACAUCAUGAGCGACCAGACCGAGUACUGGAUGACCAUGGUCAUCUCUGCGGUGCUCAUUCCGGUGUUCACCGUCCUCGGUCUCCCUGGCAACGUGCUCAACGCCGCAGUCUUCUACAGACAGGGCCUGAGGGAGAGAAUCAACGUCUGUCUCUUCUCCCACGCUGUCGUAGAUAUUAUCGUCGUCGUCGUCCUGUUUCUCUCCUACGGCGAGCACGUGUACAGGCAGCUGGUGGCGCCCUCCUUCGUCAUGCUGACCUACCUUCCUGGUCUCACGGGUUCUGUGUGGGCCUCGCAGUUCCUGUCGGCGGUGAUCGCCAGUGAGCGGUGUUUCUGUGUCGUCAGUCCCUUCCACGCCAAGAGGCUGCUCAAGACGUCCACCAUGGCCGCUAUCAUCGUCGUCUGCUGUCUCCUUCUCAUCGGAGGCAUGUGCGCUGUCGCGGGUCCCAAACACACAACAGCCUGUAGGAUUGAUCUCACAACAAACAUCACCGAAGAAAUCGUUUAUGUAACACCAUAUUACCUGAGGAACAAAUUUAUUUUGGACAUCGUCGACGUCUUCGUCUACGCCGCUGCUCUGCCCGGAGUCUUUCUCGUCGUCAUCAUCGUCACAACGUGCAUCACCGCCAUCAAGCUGCGCGCUGCUCUUGUCUGGCGUCGGUCAACGACAUUCAAGCCAACAGCAAAGUCUCCCCAGACGAUGAAAGACGACCUGGAGGGGAAGAUGGCGAGGAAGGAAGUUGGUGUGACUCUCAUGUUGCUGGCCACCUCCAUGUCCUUCAUCGUGUGCAUCACACCCAACUUCGUCUUUCAGGUGGCCACCAUCCUCGUUCCAGACCUGAGCUACUCGGGGCGCUACUACAACCUCACAUCCGCCUUGUGGAAUCUUGUCUCGUUUUUCCGAGUAGUCAACUCCUCUGUAAAUUUCUUUGUGUAUUUUAAAAUGGGUUCAAAGUUCAGGGAAACGGUUAGACUUAUUCUAAAAUGA